AUGUCCGCAGUCCUGCGGAAGAUCCUAGGAUUGCACAAGAAAAAGAUCACCAAAAAGGACUCCAUUACGGGCAGAAACAACAGUUUUGUAAGUCAUUCUUAUCUAAUGUUGGAAUAGAUUUAUAUUAAAAUAAUGAUUUUAAUUCAGCCAGUCCCUUAUUUAGCCAAACUCGAAGGAAAUCAGCUGCAGCCGGGGCAAUCUCUGAUCGUCCGAGGAAUUGUAAUCGGUAAGUUGUUUAACAUAACACUCAAAAAGCCCUGCGGGCCAGUUUAUUGCAAUCGAGAGUCCAGGAGAGGUUUGGUUAGGAGACAUACAUAAUUGAUUCGAUUUCUAUGGUUUCAAGGUUCGUCAUGGUGGACAUACGUAUAAAUAGAUAGCUCAUGACAUUCCCUGACGCCAUCCUUCAACAAGGCUUCCACCAGGUUAAAAACUUUUGAAAAUUUCCAAACAAAAAGUACAGUAUACCCCAGAAAUCGAAGCUCCAGUAGAUGUUUCUGGAUCAAGUCAAGGUUGGUGCACUCUCGAUUGCCAUAGAAUAGCAGGUGUGGCAGUUUGGGUGUUAAAGUUCGGCUGUAAAUUUUAAAACAUUUAAUGUUUAGGACGACAAGACUUUGUGAUUAAUCUGACUAAUGGACCAGGGGUGGAAUUCGACGAGGAAGUGGAUGUGCUGGACGAUCGGCUUUUAUGUGUGAGAGUGGACAUUGAAAGGAAAAAGAUUCACAUAAAUGCUUGCAUUAAUGGGGAAUGGGGCCGGGAGGGGACCGUCAAACACAAAUGGCAGUGCGGAGAUGAAUUUGACAUCCGAGUUCGAUGCCAUGAGGACGAAUUCGAGGUGUAUGUGGACCACAAAUUGGUGGCCCGAUUCGCUCAUUACGUGCCGUUGAUCAAGAUCACUCACAUCUACAUUAAUGGGGACAUCGAAUUGUUCAGUUCUUCUUGGGAAGGCAUGUAUUAUGUAAGGUGGAGGGCCCCGGCAAAAUACUUUUGGUUUUCUCUUUCAGAACGUUCCCUAUUCUGCAGAUAUACCGGGCAAUUUCUACCCCGGAAGGAAGUUGUAUGUCUCUGCAUUGGUCAAAAAGACGGCCAAGCAGUUUUUCAUAGAGUUCUACGCGGCCUCCGACGUGGUUCUGCAGUUGAAUCCUCGGUUUCCGGUUAAGGUAGGUGCGGUUGUUCUCCGGGGUGACGAUCUUUAAAUGAUGGCGCUUUGAUUUUAAUAAUAAUCGUGUUCCAGAAGUUGGUUUGUAAUAGCAAGACUGACGGAAAAUGGGGACAGGAGGAAUAUCUGACAUUGGAGCCAUUCCCUUUCAAGAGAAAACGAAACUUUGAUCUACUUAUCUACUGCGAAGAGACCAAGUUCUUGAUUUAUGUGGACGAUUGUCUCUUAGGAACAUACGAACAUAGGAUAAACCCUCGAUCAGCAGAGAAGAUACAGAUCAGUGGAGAUCUCGUAUUACAAGGAGUACAUCUCAAAUGA